CAAGUGUAAGCUAACAUUUCCUGCUCGGGGUUUGUGUUUUUUGAGCACAAUUUUAAUAAAAAAAUAAUAAAUAUAACUUAGUAAACAAUUGUAGCUUACUGAUAGCGGAUAUGUAGUUUGAGCUUUAAUUUAACAAGGAAACUGCACUAUUUUUCGUUCUUUGUUAUAUACAUUUUGGUCCUUCUAGGUUACUGUAACGGUAUUUAGCAACGUGACUCUAGAUGGGCGGUGCAAUUUUGAUAGAAACAAUAUACCGAGCUCAACUCAUAAUAUCUUAAAAUGAGCUGUUCUGAUAUGAAGAUCAUUACUGUGAUCGGCAGUGGGCUGAUAGGCCGCUCCUGGGCUAUGGUGUUUGUUAGUGGAGGCAUCCGUGUGAAGAUCUAUGACAACCAACCAGGACAGGCUGCCAAGGCCGUCACAGAGAUCAGGAAGCAGCUGGAGGAGCUGGAGGAAGCCCACAUGCUGAGAGGAGAGCUGACAGCCACACAGCAGCUCGCUCUACUCAGCAGUUACGAUGACCUGGCUCAGGCACUGGAGGGAGCCUUUUUUGUCCAGGAGUGUGUAUUUGAGCAGCUCGAGGUCAAGCAGAGCGUCUUCCAGGAAAUAGAGCGUCUUGUGGGAAAAGACAUCAUCCUGAGCAGCUCGACCUCAUGUCUGGUGCCGAGUAACGUCUUCUCUAAAGUACAGAACAGGAGUCGCUGCCUCGUCUCCCAUCCGGUAAACCCCCCCUACCAUGUCAAACUGGUGGAGCUGGUACCUCACCCAGAGACAGUAACGGCCGUUAUGGACACCACCCAUGCCCUAAUGACCAAGGUCGGCCAGGCGCCAGUCCGUCUAAAGAAAGAGAUCGAUGGCUUUGCCCUCAACAGGGUGCAGGCGGCCAUUAUCGCAGAGUCCUGGAGGCUGGUCGAGACUUACAUGCAAGAGGAGACGCUGCUUCACUGUACCAAUAUGAUGGCCGCUUCGAUGCAUCACUGCAAUGAACAGCAGCAACCAAUGUGGUAUCUACGUGUAUAUACAGUAUAUCUAUGGAAAUGGAUUAUUGAGACACUUUAAUCUUAACUUAAAAAC